CACACACACGCACACCCCACAGUGAGCUGCUCUGGAGGAAACGGUGCCGCUCUGCCGAGAGUCGGACACAGAGCGCGUUCACUCGACACCGCGGUCAUGUUCCUGUGCUGCUGUUUCUUCUAACAGGCUGUUGUUGGUGUGAUGGAGAAGUGCGGUGCGGCUCGCUGUGGCAGCACUAACAGGCGCAGUGUGUCAGUGGAGCGCGGCAGGAGAGCAGCAGCGGCGGCGGCGAGCGGAGCUCAAGCGCGGCCCGGAGCUCCAGCCACCCAGAGCUGCAGCGGGAAAGCAGAGCAAAACCUCCGGCGAGGGCUGGAGGGAGUCCUCAACAAAUACACCAACCUACUGCAGGGAUGGCAGCACAGAUAUUUUGUUCUGGACCCUGAGCUUGGUCAACUGCAGUACUUUCUAAAUGAGCAAAGUAAGACCCAGAAACCACGGGGCUCCUUGCCUCUGAUUGGCUCUUCUGUGGCCCCCAGUGAUGAGUUUCCGUUCAUGUUCACAGUCUAUGCUGUUACUGGAGAGCUCUUUAAGCUGAGAGCAUGUGAUGCGUAUGAACGGCAGCAGUGGAUGACCCAGCUUCAGCUCUGUGCCCGUCGCCAUUCAGAGGGCAGUGCCAAGGGCUGCUCUUUAUCCUCGGCCUCCUCCUCCACGGGCAGCCGGACCCGCAGCUGCUCCCUCCUCCCUCAUCCCGCUCCAUCUUGCUCCUCCACUGCCACCCAGAGGCAAAACCUCCCGCAUGGGCACGGGACCCCGAGCUCCAUCAUCACCAUCACCCACCACAAAUCACCCACGAGUGGGCACCGGGCCUGCAGCCACAAUCCUGCCCGUCUGCACCACGUCAAAGAGGUCAUGUCUCAGGCUGAGGGCCAGCAGAAGAACCUGCUGCACUCCAUUGAGUCUCUGCCGAGCCGUGGGCCUCUCUCCUCACUCGAUCCAGACCUGCUGCUGCUCAAGGCUACAUCGGCAGCCACGCUAAGCUGUCUAGGAGAGUGCCUAAGCAUCCUUCAGCACAAUGUCACCCAGGCAGCCCGCAACAUCACCACACACACAGCAGGACUAAACACAGACAGCAAUUCAGGAUGGUUGGGGCCCAAACCUGCGACAGAUGAACCAGUGGAGAAUGGAUCAGUGAUGGGCCUUUCCACCUCUACUAACAAAGCAUCCCCUUCUCCAGCACACAAGAGCAAGGAAGUGCACAAAGCUUCCGAGCACUCCAGUGCAAACGCAAUGGACCCCAGUGAGGAGAGCACAGACACUGAGGACAAUGAGGAAGAGGACCUGGGAGUGUUGGAUGACCAGAGGAGUAUCAUCCUCCACUUGCUCUCCCAGCUCAAACUGGGCAUGGACCUCACACGGGUAGUACUACCUACCUUUAUCCUGGAGAAGCGCUCUCUGCUGGAGAUGUACGCUAACUUCAUGGCCCAUCCUGAUAUGUUCCUGGCCAUCACAGCUGGAGCAACACCAGAAGAGCGCAUAGUGCGCUUCGUGGAAUACUACCUAACUGCCUUUCAUGAGGGACGCAAAGGUGCUGUGGCCAAAAAGCCCUAUAACCCCAUCCUUGGAGAAAGCUUUCUGUGCAGCUGGGAUGUCCCCCGUGAAAAGGUACGACCCCUCAGGACCAACACUUCUGUCAUGGCGCCUUCAGCCACGCCCCCCACCUCAGCCAAUCCUGCUCACUGCUACCGGCUGCACUUUGUGGCUGAGCAGGUCUCACACCACCCACCGGUCUCAGGGUUCUACUGUGAGUGUAAGGAGCGUGGAAUGUGUGUCAACGCCCAUGUCUGGACCAAGAGCAAGUUCAUGGGCAUGUCUGUGGGCGUGUCCAUGGUCGGAGAGGGGGUGCUGCACCUUUUGGAGCAUGAAGAACAGUACGUGUUCACACUGCCCUGUGCCUACGCCCGCUCCAUCCUCACCGUACCGUGGGUGGAGCUCGGAGGAAAAGUGUCCAUCUGCUGUGCCAAGACUGGCUAUUCUGCCACCGUCACCUUUCACACCAAACCCUUUUAUGGGGGAAAAGUGCACAGGGUGACGGCUGAGGUGAAGCACAAUCCCACCAGCACCAUUGUGUGUAAAGCUCAAGGCGAGUGGAACGGUACCCUGGAGUUCACAUACAGUAGCGGAGAAACCAAAGUGAUUGACACUUCGAAACUGCCAGUCAUUAAGAAGAAGAUCCGCCCACUGGAAAAGCAGGGCCAGUAUGAGUCCCGGCGGUUGUGGCAGCACGUGACUGCAGCACUCAAAGCUGGAGACAUUGAUACAGCUACAGAACACAAACACAAGCUGGAGGAGAGACAGCGCAGUGAGGAGAAGCAGCGAGCGGCCACUAAUACCGCCUGGAAACCCAAGUACUUCAUCAAGGAGGGAGAAGGCUGGGUCUAUCACAAUCCUCUAUGGAAGACAAACUGUUGAGAAGAGAAGGAGCGUCAUGACCUAGCUGUCUGUCUCAGAGCCCAGCCCACAGAUGAGUGGGGCCAUAUGGGGAGAGUGCUAGUGCUGGCCAGCCAAUGGAACCAGAGGAACCGGACUUCACAGGAGCAGGAAAGAGCCCGACCCUUUCCUCUAAGUGUUAAAGGUGCCAAACAACAAAAUAUUCCAACCCGAACGCAGAGAUACCCACUGCAGCAGGUCCCUGAAGAACCGUCCUCCUAACUGAGGCAGACACAUUCGAGAAAAUUAUACAUUCCAGCCUACAACUGGAAGUCAAACAGUACACAACGCAAAUAUUUUGCAUUCUUUUCUUCCUGAAUUCAUAUUUAUUAAUCCAUCCAUGCUUCCGCAAAAGAACUCAAUACAAAUUUGUUUCACCGUGAAAACUUUGAACACAAAUAAUAAUAUCCAUGUGAAAGGGUCAGUCCUGAUCAAAAUGGGGACAAAUCCUAUUUUUAAGAUCCACCACUACUUAUUAAAGUGAGUAUACAGGCUUGUGUGAAAUCACCGAGCAUAGCAUUAAUGUGUGAUGUAAGUAGGUGUGAAAGUGACUGUAUUAGCUCUCUUUGCAUAAAUAUUCUGGUUACACACUCAGUCAUAAGAGAAGACAAAUCUUGUAACUCUUGAAGUAGCUGCUUAUAACAUUCCAGUACAAGGUCUAAAUAAAUGAAAUUGCAGAUUGAAUUCAGUGUAACGCAAGACAUUGUGGACAUCAAUUCAAGGACUCGUAUGAUGGUUCUCUCAGCCAAGCCAAGAAAACGACAACAGUUCUACUUGCACAUCAAAACAUCCAAGACAACGAGUGUCUGAAGCAUUAUUUAGUUGGUCUUCACGGCGGCUUUAAAGUGAGCUCAGUUUGAUGACGUGGAAAACUUGUUUUAAAACAAUGUUUAAUAUCUUUUCCUUAGCCUUUGCAUCUGUUCUGUUUCUUGGAAAAAAAGGUUAACAUACAAAAAAAAAAAAAUCUGUUCAGAAA